AUGUCUAUAUUCAAAUGUGUUGAACACUGUUAUAAACCACUGAAUUUAUUCAUUAUUAUGAUCAUUUCAUUUUGCGAUCUUAUUUGGUUUAUGGUUUCUCUUUUGCGUCUAAAAAAUAGCACACAUCAUUUCAGUUUAUCGUGGUUAGCCAAACAACGAAUGCGCAUGUGUUUUAAACUGUUGACUUAUGGGUAUUGUAGUUUAAUAAUAUUCCAGUCACUUCCCGCACGCGUGAUUGUUUACAUCUACAAACUGGACGUUGUUGAUGGGCCAAGGCAGAUCAGCAGUGAACCUGAAUAUAAACAUUUUGAUGAACGCUUCGACAUGUUGCGGGGCAAAGUCAUUAUCGUUACGGGGGCAAACAGUGGCAUUGGAAAAGCCACGACCGUGGAGUUGCUUAGGCGUCAGGGCCGGGUGAUCAUGGCAUGUAGAGACCGAGAGCGGGCAGAGAAAGCAGCCCAGGAGAUCAAGCAGGAGGCCGGACCGGAGCAAGGGGAACUAGUGAUCAAACUCUUGGACCUGGCAUCGCUUAGAUCUGUCCGUAGAUUUUGCGAAGAGAUAAUCAAGGAAGAGCCAAGGAUUGAUGUCCUUAUCAACAAUGCUGGAAUCUACCAGUGUCCAUACACCAUAACAGAAGAUGGAUUUGAGUUGCAGUUCGCUGUCAAUCAUCUGGGCCACUUCUUGCUCACCAGCCUCCUGCUGGACCUCCUCAAGCGCUCCGCCCCUAGCCGCAUCAUUGUGGUGUCCUCCAAGCUCUACAAAUAUGGUGACAUUAACUUUGAUGACUUGAACAGUGAGCAGAGCUAUGAUAAAGCUUUUGCUUAUGCACGGAGUAAACUAGCCAAUCUUCUCUUCACACUGGAGCUCUCUCACAAACUAGAGGAGACAGGAGUGACCGUAAAUGCUCUCACCCCAGGGAUCGUUAGGACUAACCUGGGCAGGCACAUCCACAUCCCUCUGCUUGUGAAGCCUCUGUUUAACCUGGCUUCCCGAGCCUUCUUCAAGUCCCCCGAGGAGGGAGCACAGACUUCCAUCUUCCUGGCCUGCUCCCCAGAUGUGGAGGGCGUUCUGGGGAAGUACUUUUCUAACUGCCAGGAGGAGCAGUUGUUAGCUAAAGCCACUGAUGAAGAGGUGGCCAAGAAACUGUGGGACAUCAGUGAAGUGAUGGUGGGCAUCACGACCUGAAGGAAGGAAAGACAGAAAAGAAGACUUGAUUGUAAUGUUCUUGAUUUUUUUUAAAUUGCUAAAUACAAGUGAAGCAUGAAGUAAUGUCUUGAUUGAAAAAUAACACUUCCUUACACAAGUACUUUCCCUUUUUUUUGGCCACCAAGUAUUGUAGGUUGAAGGCAAAUAUGCCAUGAAUCAUGAGCAAAAUGUACUCCUCUUUACCACAGGAGGGAGCUUUUUUUACCAUUCUUAAAUAUUUACUGUAUACAGUACAUUUGAAAUGCUAACUAUACAGAUUGCCAGUUAUACUGCAACAAUAACAGUGCUUGUGUGUAUUUCUGUUAAGCUUUUCACAUUUUACAUUUUCUCUGGUUGCCUCAAGCGUUCAGAAAUACUCAACUAAAAGUAGUAUUUUUUCUUUCAGACCAGUUUGUCUAACCCUCUGGAAAAGGGUUUUGGAACCCAGGGUUAAACAUGGCCUUAAAGGGAUAGUUAACCCAAAAAUGAAAAAUCUCGACCUCAUACCAUCCCAGAUGUGCAAAAUGAAAAUGUUCUCAUCAUUUACCCUCAUCCCAUCCCAGAUAACUUACUUUCUGCAGCACACAAACAAAGAUUUUUAGAAGAAUAUCUCCUUACAAUGCAAGUUUAUGUGGCUUUUAUGUGAUUUGUGGAGCUUUAAAAGGUCUUGUCACCAUUCAUUUGCAUUGUAAGGACCAUCAGAGCGGAUUUUCUUCUAAAAAUCUUUGUUUGUGUUAUGCUGAAGAAAGUAAGUAAUCUGGGAUGCGAUGAGGGUGAAUGAUAAAAUAAUUUUCAUUUUUGGGUGAACUGUCCCUUUAACAUGGGUUUCAAAAGACAUUUAUCCAGUAUUAUGCGGCGAGUGAAAAGCAAUUAUGGUGACAGAACUGAUGCAUUUUCCACACAACUCGGCACAGUUUCAACUACACAUUUGUUAUUUAAAACACAAAUUUUCAGUGGGGAAUCACCACCGGCAAUGUGGUUGAUACUAGAUUUCUUCUGUGAGCAAGUACUUGAUGGUCCUUAUAUUGUGCCUAAUUUCUUCUUCAUAUAUUGUUAAAUGUGUUUGCUGCUAGCAGUGUGACUAUACUAUACACAUUGCAUUGAAUUUGCACUUCUCUUACCAAAGAUCAGGAGAGAAUAAAUCUCAGAGGUACUUAAUUAAAAUAAAUUAAACAAAACACUGUAUUAAAAGUACAGAUAUCUUUUUUUAUUAUUGAAUAUAUGCUUCAAACAUGUAAUGCAUUCAGAAUGAAAGUGUGAAAAUGACUUAUUUAGCUUUUUUGGCAAAUGCUGAUCACAUCUCUUGAAUAGUGACUCAUUCUCCUCUUUUAAAGGGGUCUUGACAUGAGGAAUCAAAUUUUCCUUAAUCUUUUUACAUAAGAGGUCAAUAUACUAUUAAAACCUGUUGUAAAUUUCAGAGCUCAAAACUUCCUCCUCACUACAAAAAGAGAAUUUGUUAAAACCAUGCUGCCAAUUGACUUGUUCCCUAAUUCCUCCACAUAGUGAUGUCACACUGUGGUAGGCAUUUGCAUCUGAUCGCCUCCACAACAACACAUCAAAGCCUACUUUACUGUAUUACUUCUGUUGCCUGCCCGGUAGUGGUGAUCAGUGAGAUGGCAAGAAGAGGGCUAGUCAUAUCAGUGGGUGUUUACUAUCAAGUCUUAAAGGAGAAUCAGCACCAAAACAGUGUUUCUGACAGAGGGUAAAAAUUAAUGAUCAAAUAUAAAUAUAUGACAGUUUUGUUUUUUUGUGCAAAAACUUUACUUAUAAGUGAACCUGAAGGAACAUUUCAAAAUAAUAAAAAUAAAAAAAAAACAUGUCAUGACCCCUUUAAAGUGUAACUAAUCAAAAAUGGUUGAAAUAUCAGGCCUAAUUCAUUUGUUGUGUGCACAGUUUAGCAGUUGUGAAUUUUAUCCAUGGGGAAUAAAAAAAUAUUGGAAAUA